ACGUAGAAACUCGAUGAUAACUGGAUAAGGUUAGCCGUAAAAUGUAAGCGGCCAUCGUACCGGUAUCCAAUAUAGGCCACUAGGAUUUGACAGCAAAAACUCUGGACUCCGUCAAUACGAAAUCUGUUGACUUUCAAAUCUUUCAACUUUCAAGACUUUGUAAACUGUGUUGCUCGACAGGAAGAGAGAUGCUAUCUCUUCACUGUCUUCACGUCCUCCCUCCAUUAGCUUCGGUUCAAAACUCAGACUCUAAUUACCCCUCGAACCCAUUCCCCAAACCCACGAUAAGUCCAAUUUUCCCGAUCUUCAACGUCCACCCGAUUUUAUCCGCUCCUUAUCCCACCACACAAGCCCAAUGCACCUGUCUUUCCACAACCCCAAAUUUCCUAGUAUUUAAGCUCAAAAACCACGUGACCCACUUCCAAACUCUCUACUGCUGUGCUUCUAAGGACUCUGUAGAAGAUACCAAUGCUGUUUUGGAGUCUGCUAGUGGAGAAGGUGGAGGGGGAGAGGGGGGUCGUGGCGGUAGUGAAGAUGGGGAUGAUAGGCAGCUGGAGAAGAAGAAGAAGAGUGGAGGUUCUGGGCCUUUGCCAGAUUGGUUGAAUCUCACUUCCGACGAUGCGCAGACGCUGUUUGCGGUGCUGGCUAUAUCGCUGGCUUUCCGAUCCUUCGUAGCGGAGCCGAGGUACAUUCCUUCGUUGUCUAUGUAUCCUACAUAUGAUGUCGGAGAUCGAAUUGUCGCAGAAAAGGUCUCAUACUAUUUCAGAAAGCCAUGUGCAAAUGAUAUAGUGAUAUUCAAAAGUCCACCAGUUCUUCAAAAAGUGGGAUAUACUGAUUAUGACGUUUUUAUUAAACGAAUUGUUGCCCAGGAAGGUGACAUAGUGGAGGUUCGUGAAGGGAAGCUUAUAGUUAAUGGAGUUGAGAGAAAUGAGGACUUUAUUCUUGAACCACCUUCUUAUGACAUGACACCAAUUGGGUCCCCUGCCAGCCAAGAAUAUCAUAGGAAGAUCAGUACUUCGGUAUUGGCCCCCAAACAGGAUUGGUGGCACAGCUCUUGGGGCUGGCUGUGCUGUAGACAGGCAGGAGAGCAGUCCGGUGACGAAGUGAAAUAGCCGCCUGAGGAUGGUUACCAUGUGUUCCCCUCCUUGGAAAUCACCUUUCUUUGUGCAGAUUUCCUCAUGUCUGUUGUUUAUAAGGAAGCAUAAUGUUUUUAUGAGAUGGGCUUUAUUUAUUUUUUUCCAGAUGCCCUCAUUCUCGAUCUUAGAGUAUAUAAAUGUGAAUUGAAUCGAUAUGUAUACCUAGUCUCAUUUAAAAUUAAUUGCUAAA